AUGUGUGGCUGUAGCCGAAAUCGAGCGCCAUGUGGGUUAUUUGAAUUCCUGUGGCGCUUGGCCGAUAUCUAUGCCGAUAAGUUGGGUCUUCUGUGUCAAAUCGUAAUGUCGUUCAAGAUUUGUGCCUUGAAUAUGAUUACAAUUGUAUUGUUUACCGUUGGUACUUGCAUGCCAAUGUUUGGGCCUUAUUCAGUACUAAUAUCGAGUGUCUUUCAGGUAUAGUCGUUUUGUUACCUAAAAUGCUUUUUUGGGAUUUAUUUUUUUAAUUAGAAUUUGUUUUUUAGAUUUUUUUUCGUUACUUAUAUUUUAUAUAUUUAGUUUUGUUACCUAAAAAAUGUUUUUUUUGGUUUCAGAUAGCUCUAGCAGCCGUUUCAAUAGGUUUACCCGUUGGAAAAGAGCAUCGUGCUCAUAGUCGAGAUGACUGUCAAGACUGGCGUGCUUCUUCCAACAUUGAGCACACUUAUGAAUGGCUGGGGAUAAAGUCAGGACCUCUAAUGGCUAAUAUUGGUAUUAUUGUGAUAUCGUUUUGUUUAAUAUUACUCCAAUCAAUUGUUCUCGUCAGACGUCGCUUAAGGAAGUCGAAUGGGUUCAAUCCCAUCGUUCUCUUGUUUCCGGAUUCAGAAUCUUCGAAUGUGCUUCACGAAAGCUUCGGGAAGGCUGUCAAGUUUGGCUUUAACUACUGGUUCUACAAGCUGGGAUUGGAGACGACUUUGGCGACAAUGUGCUUGAAUGCCAUGUUGAGGAUGGACGUUGUAGGGUUACUGUACUUUGCGAUCAUAUUUCCGAGCGCCGUGCUCAACCGAAGAGCUGUCAAAGUGUUGUGGGUGUCUUUCACGGUGUUCUUCGCCCUUCUCAUGGUCUUACAGUACGCCUUUUUUGUUGGAUUUCCUAUGUGUAAUGGUGGUAAGUAUUCAGUCGUAAACAACUAUAAUAGACGAAUUUGUAAUAACGAUUCACGAACAUUUAUUUUAGAAAACUACCCAUGGCACAACAUGAUCGGACUCAAAGAAUUUGACGAAAAUCUUUUGGAGUUUUUGGGCUGGCCUAAUAAAGAACGCUAUAGGACCGGUUUGAUGUUGCAGAAGAUGAUAUUCGAUGCUGUUACUUUGCUUUUCAUGGCUGCACAGGUCAGUAUAUGUAAAGUUUGGCUAGCUUUUUAUUUUUUUUACGAAUUGUUACCUAUUUUUUAAAUCUUUUGGAUAACCCUGACUUUUUUAAAAAGUUUUAAAAUUAUUAAAGUUACAUUGUUUUAGACGUACUGUUUUGAGUCCGAAUACCCUGAGCACCCGGCAGGAGAUAACGUCUCGGGACAAGACUUUAAUCUGUCUACUUUAGUCAAGGCUACGGCAGAAGAUGACUUCAUUUCUAAUCCUCGGUAAGUUGUGAUUAUUUUUUAGAUGUUGUAGUAGUUGUUGGUGAAGUUUAAAGUUUCUGUGUUAAAUUGUCUUUCAUUUUCGAAUUGCUUUUAGGGGUAAGGCUUAUAUUUAUAAUAUGCCAUAGCUUUUUUUAACUGAUGUAUGUUUCAGAAGCAGUUUCGACUACAUACGAACAUGUGUUGUGAUGUCGUUACAUUGGGUAGCAUUGGUGUCGUAUCUGAUAGCAGGCUUGGGUGGAAGGUCUGUCUUCAAUGUGGUAUACCUUGUCAUAGCUUUCUUCGUACUCUGGCAAGGUCAUGCUACAUACAUGGUGAAGACUUUGAAGAGAACCAUCCUCUACUGGAAACUGAUGCUGAUCUUCUCCAUGGUUACCAUGUUCCUCAAGAUCUACAUUCAGUUCUGGGCGUGUGGCUUCAUGCCAAGCUUGAUUAAUGGAUGUGCGCUGAGGCAGUGGUUUAGCAUUGUGUGUUCAUCUCCAGAAUCUGCAGCUAGAGUUGAGGUUUGGGUCAGUAAUACCUAUGGGAAGGACCCGUGUUGUCUUCAGUCGGUAAAAGGUGAAAGUCCGGUCGAUGUGAUUGCCUUCACCUUUGUCCUACUACACCUACGGCUUCUGAAGUCAAAAGUGUUUGACUGGUGCGUUUUGGAGAUGUAUUGUGAAGCUAUCCAGGCUAACAGGUACCUUUUAAUAGAUCUUAUAACAAUUUUACUUUUGAAUGAUUACACAAUAAUAAUAUUCCAGUGGAGCUAUAUUGAUAAACCAACUGAUCAGCAAAGAAGUGCACGAUCAGUACGAGAAGCAGGUCAGAACGUUGAAGCAGAUUGCAAAACGUGCCGUGGAAUUGAAGAAAAACUAUGAGAACAAGAGCAACGGACAUCACUUUCGACCUCAAACGUACAGUCAAGGUGAGUGUGGUAUGUUGUGGUAGAAGUUGUUUUAGCAAAACUGUCUGGCGACUACUACAUGUUUGAGUACGAUCCUCUGAAGGACGAUAUGUCUAUGGACGAAGACCUUCUGAUAAGUUUAGACGCUGGGGAUACACCGGAAGACAAAGCAACGUUGGAUCCAUUACAGGUAGGUGUUUGGUGUUUUCUGUCGAGUGUAGAUGUUACGUAUUGCUUUUGUAAAAAUACUUUUUUAGGUCAUUGUUUGCUUGGUAGCGCAAGACUUUGACUUUGAAGAUGCUUUGAAUGCGAUAGAGAAUGCCGAGAGUAUUCAGGACGAAGAGCUUCGGAUGCUGGAGGCAGUACGUAAACAGCCAAAAGAUAACGAUAAUGAGAACGGGUCAGAAUCCAUAGAAUCCUUUAGACAACGACGGAAACAGCUACGUGAUGAAUACGCUACAGAUCAACCUACUAAACAUAAGAAGUCUUGUAGGGGUAAGUCGUGAGUUAAAGAGUAAUGAUUAUUUAAAUAUGUAGAUCCUCGACUUCUGCUUGCCCUGUUUACUUAACGUUUUUUGAUAUUUUGCCAAAAAAAUAUUAAGUAUGUUGAUUAUAGAGAAGAUACGAAUGGCUGGGAGGUUCGCGUCCAAGCUGUUCAGUGCAAUUAUCCAUUACUUCUCGAGCUUUUUACGGCGACAUUCUCGACAACAACGCUACGUAUCGUUCGUACUCAAAAAGGAGAAAUGUAAACUCAAGUCUGCUAUUCUCGAAGAAGUAAGGGUUACAGUAUCAUACUGUAAAGUUGAGAUGUUUGAAGUAACUUAUAAUAUCUGUUUUUUUAUUCUUUUUAGGAGUUGCCUAUAACAUCGUUUUUAGCUCCGAAUAUCAGGCAAUGUGAUUGCCCCACCGGUCGACCCAGUAUUGUUGGCGGUCGACGAUGUAGAAAAAGUUCAACGGGAAGCCCGCGAAGCGGAGAAGCGUAUCCAACCGUGCUGUAGGUUCUUGUUGUCCAUCUACAGCUUCAUCAGUGCUAACACGGACUCGUUAUGCUUUGUUCUGGCUAUCGUAGCACAUGCUUACGGUGGAGGCAUGAUCACGAUGCCCUUACCUUUGAUGAUUUUCUUCUGGGGAUCUCUGUCGAAUCCGCGUGCUGAGAAGAACUUCUGGAUCUGCAUGAUGAUAUACACCCAGGUCAUCAUUGUCGUCAAGUGUUUGUCCCAAAUCGACCCAUUCGGCGAUUACCAAUUUGUAAUGUUUGAUCGUACCUUUACUAAAGGUGACGUACUGUACUAUCUGGGACUUCAGAAAGAGACUACCUUUGCAGUGUGUGAUGUAGCCUUGCUUCUGUUUCUGUUCUUUCAUCGUUACAUGCUACAGAGGUUGGGGUUGUGGAGGAAUUCAUUGUCCAAAAUUGUCAACAGAAGCGACUCGGUAUGCUAUAAGUUAGUAUUUUUUGUAGUAGUUGCUGUUUUUAAUGUUUUAAAAGUUAUUUUACAUUUUCAGACGAUUGAGGAGGAGUACAACUGCUUUAUCCAGUUCUUCCAAAAUGUCAUCAAUCCGAAAAAGCGUUUCAUUGGAGAUGUGUACUCUUCCACGUUCUUGUUGGAUCUGAUUUGUGUACUUAUUGUGAUGUUGGGAUACUCGGCCUUUGCCGACACGAGUACGGACGAGAUACCUGUAAUUCAUGUAGGUUAUGUCAUGAUUGUUAUGUAAAAAUGUAUGAUUUGGCAAAUGAGACAACUGUAGAGCUACUUCGUGGUGUUGGCUAAAAAGUUUUCAUUUUAGACGUCGCGUAUUCCAAUUUCUUUGGUAAUCACAGUGUUCUUCUUAAUUAUGUUAAUCAUCAUUGAUCGGGCUCUGUACCUGCGAAAAGCUGUCCUUCCCAAGCUGUUAUACCACUUUAUCGUCGUAUUGGGACUCCACUUCUGGCUCUUCUUUGUCAUUCCUUUUACCACUAGAACGUAAGUCACGAUUCAAUUUGUUAAACAUGUAUAAACGUUCAUUGAGUGUGACAAAGUCCUGUAAUAACAUAUAACUAUUAAUAACUUACAAACUUCAGAAGCAUUCCCAAAAACUACCCGGCUCAAGCAUUUUACAUUCUAAAAGGUAUCAGCUUGCUUCUCUCCGGAUGGCAGAUCAAGAACGGGUACCCUCCAUUGUGCACUGGCAGUUUCCUCACCAAGAACUAUGGCUUCACGAGUUUUGUCAUGUUCAAGGCAUUUAUGAAUCUGCCGUUUGCCUUCGAGUUAAGGUCGGCUAUCGACUGGACGUGGACUGACACUGCUAUGCCCAUCUUUGACUUCAUCAAGUUCGAGAUCUUCUUCUCAAAUGUUUACAUGGUCAAGUGUGGAAGACAAAUGGAGCAGGUUCGUGUCCUAAUGUUGUAAUUACUUUUGCUUCAUAGACGUUUUAGAGAAGCUACACUGCACAAACUGUAACAUAUACUUUUUCGACGACUUUUUUUCCCUAAACAAUAUUGUUUUAGAACUUUCCGGUUCCAAGAGGACAGAAGAAGUCGAAAGCUUCGAAACAUUCGCUUGGCAUACCUAUAAUACUAGUGCUGGUGAUACUUAUCCUCUCUCCGAUCUUGAUCUUCUCAGUCCUCAACUUCAUCGGGGAAUCGUACGAUCCCUUGAAAAUGACAAUGGAAAUCUCCUUUGAUACGUUGCCGGUAAGAAAAGAGUGAAAAUGAUAUUAAUAGGUAACAAAUAACUUGUUUUACUAACGCGGAAACAUUUACGAGCAAUAUUAAUGAAAAACCGUCAAACUUCGGUAAUAGCCUAAAAAUUCCAGCCAUUUUAUCAAACAACUUUGGAAACUUUCGAACCGUUGACCAGUCUUGACAGACAAGAUAUUGUAGCUGCGUACAAUAACUUGGAGAACGACGCCGAUCGCGAAGCCGAUGACGAAGCCAAGAAGGCUAGACUCGCUUUGACAUUUCUCGACGAGUUCACUGAUGUCUAUGUUAGUUAUUUCAAAAAAAAGAAUUUAUGACAUUUCAUCUUAUUGAUUUUUGACGUAAUGUCACUUUUUUAUUGAUUUUUUUCACUACAAAUUGGUUGCUUUCAGAAGGUUUCUUUCCCCGACUUCUCGAUGGCAUCAUGGGACGUGUCCAAGGGAGCGUUACACGAGCUGUACGAGAUCUUGUUGACAUCGAACAAGUCCGAGGUUCACGUAUCUUUGUCGCUACUGCGAGGGAAUCCAAAGGACAAAUCUCAGAUGAGCUUGCACAUCCGAGAUUAUGUUGUUGGCUUGAAUACCGAGAUAGUCGAGAACCUGACCACUCUCAUCAAUCAGAGUUUUUCUCAGCAUCCAGACUUUUCUCAGAAGUUGUACAUACCGUGCGCGAUACCCUACUACAUGUUGAUACCAUCGUACGAACGAAUAGAACUGGCAGACUCUAUGUUGAAGGCGGUGUCCAAUCAGUCGGAGUUUAUCAAUACCUAUAGUACGAUGCUGCUGACUUUGGAUGGCGGAAAGGUAGGGUAAUAUAAGUUUUUGUGAUUUUGGUUUUGGAAUUAAAUUUUAUUCCGAUAAUGCUAAAAUGACUAGUAUGAGCUAAUUUUGAAACAUUUUAGUCUGUAACAUUGCUUCUGUAAUUGAACAUCGUUUCAGAAUCCAUUUGGCUUCUAUUGGAAGAUAAAGCUGAUCAAACCGGAUAUUCUUCGCAACGUGUCGAUACCUACAAGGGAUGACAAGAAGGAGUACCAUAUGGUACUAUUCUUUGACCGUAUGUUCCCUGAAGUCAUGAGAACAUUGUCACAAAAGAGGUAUGUGGUUUGUGUAAUAUAAAUCCAAAAUAUUCAUGUAAUUGAUGCUUAAAGAAUGGCGCAGUGUUGUGUACACUAUCAAGUUUUCUAUUAUUAGGUUUCUAAGUCCUUUUUGACAAAUAAAAUGUUAAGUAUAAAGUAUGUCUACCAGCGUUGUGAACCUUUACUUUACAGUGUCAUACCCAUGUACUUUGCCGUCGUAUAUGUGGCGUUCAAGUUCAUCAGAGCCUUUAUCUUCUCGGAGCCAUUGCAAGUUAUUAUCAAGGAGAUGCCCAACCCAGAUCCGCUCCUCAAGAUAUUCUUCGACCUCUACCUGGUUCGAGAAGCGCAGGACUUUUUGUUGGAAGAGGUGAGUUACUGUAUCUUGAGGUUUACAGUAUUUGUGUUCCUACAACAUCUUAUUCUCUUUUCAGUGAUAAAACACUUUUAGUGGUUACUGUAGUUUUCUAAGGAAAUACAGUAAGCCUGUGCUGAAUUAACUUAAAUGUAAAAGUAACAUAGCUGUUCAAGUGGAUUACUAAUCUUACUGUACUUUUUGUUAACUUGUUGUUGUUUCAGGAGCUGUUCGCCAAGAUGAUAUUCUUAUUCCGAUCUCCAGGAACGCUAAUUAAAUGGUCGCGGUUCAAAAUUAAGAAGGAGUAA